AUGGGUCCGCUGCCUCUGAGCCCGCCCGCAAUGCUGCGGCCGCCGCGUCUCCUUCUGCUCCUGUUGCUGUUGGGACCCGGACUCGGGCCCAGCGCCGCUUCCCAGAGGUCACACGUGCACCGGCGUGGGCUUCUAGAACUGGCAGGGACCAUGAACUGUGUUGGCAGCCGCAGCCCCCUGUCCUACAUAAGCUAUGGCUGCUAUUGUGGCCUGGGGGGCCAUGGCCAGCCCCGCGACGCCAUCGACUGGUGCUGUCACCAGCACGACUGCUGCUACACGCAGGCUGAGCAGGCUGGCUGCAGACCCAAGAUGGAGCGCUACUCCUGGCAGUGUGUCAAUCAGAGCAUCGUGUGUGGACCAGCGGAGAACAAAUGCCAGGAGCUCUUGUGCAAGUGUGACAAGGAGAUUGCUUACUGCUUAGCCCAGACUAAGUACGACUUAAAGUACUUAUUCUACCCCCGUCUCUUAUGUGAGAAGGACUCGCCCCAGUGUGACUGCCUAGCCUAA